AUGAAGUCCCUUCAGAAUCGUUUCAAGGCACUCAUCCAAAAAGUGGUUGAAGUUCCAAAACACUUUCUUUUUUCAACCAAAACAAAACAACUUCUAAUCCUCGACCGAUUUUACUUCAACAACAACAAUGUUUGUGGUCACCACCUAUUUCUCCUCGACCUCAAAACAAAACAACUCAAAGAGCUUCAUAUUCCAAGAGUCACAAAUUCUGACAUGGGUUAUAAGAUCAUAGCUUCAUGCAAUGGUUUACUUUGCAUUUCUCAUUAUUCCUUAGAUCAUGAAUCUACCAUUUUCCUAUGGAAUCCAACCACAAAACAAACAAAAAGAAUCAUUCAACAACCACCUUUGCUUUUGCCACCAAAUUGUCUUAUAGGCUUUUAUGAAAGUAAUGAUUUUUAUGUUGUAAGGUUUCACUCUUUUGAAGUUACAAAAAGUGAUUCUCUUGGCAAAAAAGCUUAUGCUAUUCGAGGCGAAAAGUACUCUUUGAGUAAAGGGCUGUGGAGAAAAAUAAAGGGUUGUGAUCAAAAUUUGAUUUUGAAGGGUCAUUUGUUUUGGACUGAGAACACUGUCACAGUUAAAGAAACUUUGUUUUGGAUUGCUAUGGAGGUAAAUGAAAAGGUUAGUCAUGAAAUGAUUAUCUCUUUCGAUUCGUGUAACGAUGUUAUUAGCAAGAUUGAGAUGCCGAUUAAUUCGUCUAAGGAUUGUGUUGAAGUUUAUAAGAAACUUGUAAUGUAUAAUCAUAAGGGUGAUUCUUGUGUUGGUUUGAUUAUUUGCUUAGAGAGUAAGAAUAUGGAACAAUGGCUAUAUUUAUGGGUUUUGUGUAAUGAAUAUGAAGGUGUUGAGUAUUGGAUUAAGGUACAAACUAUUGGUAUGUUUUCGACAUUAGAGCGUCCGAUUGGUGUUUGGAAAAAUGAGGUUCUUAUGGCUACGAAAAAAAGGAUGCAUAGUAUUCGUGGAACUGUUGCUUUGCUUCCUGAAGAUGAUAUUGGUGCGGAGUUUUCAUAUAACCUUUUGAGUUAUGAAGAGAGGUACUUUCCUUUACAUGAUGUGGAGGAAAUUGAUUAUUUUGAAAGUGGAGGAUUUAUGUUUAUAUGA